AUGAGUUUAGUGGGGAAAAAAUGUGAAUCAAUACCAUUGCAGGACACGAAUAAAGACGACAUAAUUCUGAGUGAAAUAACGCCAGAGGAUGUUUUAAGACUGGAUCGUAUAACGGAUACAUACUUGUGUAGCCCUGAAGCUAAUGUAUACGACAUAGAUUUCACGCGGUUCAAAAUUCGCGAUUUGGAGACUGGGACAGUUUUGUUUGAGAUUGCUAAGCCCCCAACUGAUUUUGGGGUUGACAAUGAGGGUGCUGAGGAUGCUCCAGAGGAGCCGCUAGACCCUAAUGCAGGAAGAUUUGUACGCUACCAAUUUACACCUCAAUUUUUAAAACUAAAGACUGUUGGGGCUACGGUGGAAUUCACAGUGGGAGCUCGUCCUGUAAACCACUUCAGGAUGAUAGAGAAACACUUUUUCAGGGACACCUUGCUUAAAACAUUUGAUUUUGAGUUUGGAUUCUGUAUCCCGUUUUCAAGAAAUACAUGUGAACAUAUAUAUGAAUUUCCAACAUUACCUCCUGAUUUAGUCGAAGAAAUGAUCACCGCACCUUUUGAAACAUGUUCCGACAGCUUCUAUUUCGUGGACAACCAUUUGGUGAUGCACAACAAAGCAGAUUACGCAUACAACGGUGGUAUAAACAACUAA